AUGGCGACUACCACGAUUCCCAAGAAGAUGCUAGCAUGGCAGAAACACUCUGGAAGUUCUGUACCACAUCGGGUUGAAGUCGAUGUCCCUCAAGCGCCUGAGGAUGGCUUGCUGGUGAGAAUUCAUGCAGCCGGAGUAUGCCAUAGUGAUAUCGCUUUGUUAGAGGUGGAUCCACAGCCACACAAUCAUUUGGAAAAGUAUACACUGGGCCAUGAAGGUUGUGGUGAAGUUGUCUCUGUUGGUUCUGCCUCUAGGAAAUUUGCACUAGGUGACAUAGUCGCCAUCUUGUCAAUCCCAGGAUGUGGAAAGGGCACUUGCCCGGAAUGUACCAGGGGUCUUGAAGCACUUUGCCAGACUGGCGAACGCUACGGGAUUGGACACGAUGGCUCAUUCGCCCCGUAUGUUGCCGUUCGAGAAAGAGCCGCAGUCAAACUACCUGCUGGGCUGAGUCCCGUACUCGGGGCAGUUGUACCUGACGCUGUCUUGACUGCAUAUGGCGCCACUGUUGAAAGAGCAAAUAUUGAGCAAUCAGAUACUGUGUUGCUAUUCGGACUUGGUGGCCUAGGCUUCAAUGCGCUACAGAUUAUACUCGGUAUUGGGGCGAGGGUCAUUGUAGCAGAUAAACGACAGGAAGUAAUCGAUGAGGCUGUUAAGUUUGGCGUCAAGACCGAAGAUGUGGUUCCGCCCGGAACCAAUGCCGCUGAAUUCGUCACAAAGAACAGGCUAGUCAUCGACAAGACCGUGGACUUUGUUGGUGUAUCAGAUACAUUUAAAGCGGCUAUUGACUCUGUGAGGAUAGGGGGAACUGUGGUCGUGGUUGGUCUUAUAAACCCCAAUCUGUCAUUCGAUUCGCGUCCCGCAAUAAUAAAAGCAAUCAACGUUCUUUUUACCUUUGGAGGAUCGUACGCAAGUCUCGAGGCUGCUCUGGAACUCGUCGCAAAGGAGAUUGUUAAACCACAAGUUGUGACUAGAGGCAUGGAUGAACUUCCUCAGGCACUAGAAGAUCUACAUCACGGAAAGGUAAAAAGCAGGGUGGUUCUCGUACCUGAAACAGUUAAUUAG